AUGACAGCUGAAGAACGACCGGCUGAUAACUGCCCAAGUCCGAAUCCCGCCUCAAGAGUUAAGACUACAGAUGAAGACUCCAAACCUUGUCGCAUGCAAAAACUUUCAUCGUGGUAUUUGAAAAAUCCACAUCAAGCCGAGGAUGUUGAGAUCGGGGUCCAAAGCGCAAUUGGAAAGGAGGGAGCUUGUAAAGAUCUGGAAAUCGUGGUUGUCUCGGCCGCAAUCCUAACAGUUCUGGUAUGUAGACUUUCCACACCGCCAUCACCUGCAAUCUGGGAUAUGAUUCGCAAAAUUUCACCUUUAGCCAUGCUAUGGAUUGCUCGGGAGCGCUAUGUCCACACCCCGUGGGACCGUGUCUGUAGACUUGGUUUGAACUUUGCAAGACUCCAAGCGUGA